CUCAUCCUCUGGACGCUCUUUGGGAACGUGCUGGUGUGCGCUGCCAUCGUCCGCUACCGGCACCUGAGGAGCAAGGUCACCAACAUCUUCAUCGUGUCCCUGGCUGUGUCGGACCUGCUGGUGGCUCUGCUGGUCAUGCCCUGGAAGGCGGUGGCUGAGGUGGCCGGGUACUGGCCCUUCGGGGCUUUCUGCAACGUCUGGGUGGCCUUUGAUAUCAUGUGCUCCACGGCCUCCAUCCUGAACCUGUGCGUGAUUAGCGUGGACAGGUACUGGGCUAUUUCCAGCCCUUUCCGCUAUGAGAGGAAGAUGACCCAGCGGCUGGCUCUGGUGAUGAUCAGCGUGGCGUGGGCUUUGUCUGUGCUCAUCUCCUUCCUUCCUGUCCAGCUCAACUGGCACAAAGGUGGGGACGCUGUUGCUGCUAGUGAUAUCAGAGAUGGCAAUGAUACCCUCACUGGACCAUCAGAGAGCUGUGACUCCAGCCUCAACAGGACUUACGCUAUUUCCUCCUCCUUGAUCAGUUUUUAUAUCCCAGUGGCUAUCAUGAUAGUUACCUACACUCGAAUCUACCGCAUUGCCCAGGUGCAAAUUCGUCGUAUCUCUUCUCUGGAGAGGGCAGCUGAGCAUGCACAGAGCUGCCGGAGCAGCCACGUUGACUGCCACCAUCACACAAGCCUCAAGUCCUCCAUCAGGAAAGAGACCAAGGUGUUGAAGACUCUCUCCGUCAUCAUGGGCGUCUUUGUCUGCUGCUGGUUGCCAUUCUUCAUCUUGAACUGCAUGGUUCCCUUUUGUGAGAGCCCACCCAGUGACCCCCACGCUGGCCUUCCCUGUGUCAGUGAGACCACCUUUAAUGUCUUUGUCUGGUUUGGUUGGGCCAACUCCUCUCUGAACCCCAUCAUCUAUGCCUUCAACGCUGACUUUAGAAAGGUCUUCUCCAACCUCCUGGGAUGCAGUCAGUUUUGCUCUAGUACUCCAGUGGAGACUGUUAAUAUAAGCAAUGAGCUUAUCUCUUACAACCAGGACACCCUUUUCCAUAAGGACAUAGUGACUGCUUAUGUUAACAUGAUCCCAAAUGUGGUUGACUGUGAGGAAAAUCGUGAGGACCCUUUUGAUAGGAUGUGCCAGUUCUCUCCUGACCAUGACGUUGCCACUGACUCUGUAUGUGAGCUGGACUGUGAGGGGGAGAUUUCACUAGGCAAAAUAACACCUUUCACUCCAAAUGGUUUACAUUAAAUUUUAUCAUGCCCUGGUCAGUUCUUUUUGGAUUAUAAACCAAAAUAUUAGCGUUGAGUGGAAAAACCUGCUUGAUUUUACACUAUAGUUUGGUCAGUCACUUCACACUAAGCUCACUUCUCUGUGUAGUGCUUUGCAGGGUGUAGACAUUGUCAUGCAGGGAGCUGGCAGCA